CGCUACAUUUGGAUAGACUCGCUCUGUAUUGUCCAGGACGACGAAGAGGACUGGCGAAGAGAGUCGGCAAAAAAUUCGACUACAUAUCUCGACUCAUACCUUACCCUAGCUGUCACAAAGUCAAAGAACUGCACUGGCGGCCUUUUCUCCAGAUACAGCCACCGCAAAUUCUGCGGUGUGGAUCUAAAGGGAUGGCCUUUCACACUAUACUGCCGGCAAAAGUUGCUACACUGGGAACUAAGGAACAAAAUCUGCUCGGACCCCGACGAAGAUGAAGACGAGCUCUACGACUCCCAUUUCCCUCUGCUCCGCAGUGCUUACGUCUACCAGGAGCGCCUACUGUCCCCGCGAGUCCUCCACUUUGGUGCCGAGGAGCUCCUUUGGGAGUGCAUGGAAGAAACGCGCUGCAAG